AUGAAUGCUCAUAGUAAACUAUCUAAUGAUAAUGUUGAAUCCUUACUACCAGAGCCCGCCGAUAUCCAGGCUGACAAUGGAGCUAGACAUCUGCAUAAGAGCUUGGAAAGCGCUCCACUCCUGAACGAAAGUGGUGAUGAAGGCGGUUCUAACGUGUACACAGAAUUUGAAAAAGCUUUAACAGUGCGAAUUGUGGAGGCGAGCAACUUCGUGAUUAAGUUUGACGACGAGGUUGCUAAGCAAGUCAUGCACUUCUUAGAAUUUCUGUACAUUCCAGGUUGGAAACCUCCAAAGGAUAUUAUUCUGCUUGCGCGACUCUAUGCGAUGGGGGAACGCUUCUCAGCUGCGCGAUUCCAAAAAGUCAUUCUGGACCAGUUUGGAGCCUUCUUAAAGGAAUGGGCGCCGCGUCAUAUCAGGAUCGGAGAUAUAUGCGCUCUGCUCGAGAUCGCAUGCAAUGACAUAAUGGAACAUCCUUACCUGAACGACGACCCGAUACGCAAGUACGUUUUUUGGUUGGCAGCGGCUCGACUGAGUGAACUACAUAAAUCCAAUGACUUUCAGUGGCUGCUCUGCGACAACGAUGAAUUAGCGAAAGAACUGUGUCUCAUGCCGUCAUAUUAA